CAAACAUACUGGAGUUCUGAGCAGGAAAAAGAUGCAAGCCAACCCCAUUCGCAUCCCAACAGUUAGCAAUGACACCGACUGGGACUUCUGCUUCAACCUGUCACAGCAAAGCAGGACUCCAGAAUACCAGCAAACAGGUGAACUGUAUCCUACUUGUGAGUCUGAAGAGAGUGAAGAAGACACUACAGUCCAGAAAGAGGAGAGGGCUACUGGUUUGUGUUUUCCCAAAGAGAAAUUAGCUCAUUCCCAGAAGAAAGUAGCUCAACUGAUUAAGGAAAAAAUGAAUACCCAGGCAAACAGAGAGCUGAUACGAUGUGUCAUCCUCUCUCGGAUUAUCUUUGGAGAAGAACACUGGAAAUGUGCACAGGCUUUGGCCAACUUGGCUUAUGGCUACCUGACACUGAGAGGCCUCCCAGCGCAAGCCAAGAAACAUGCUGAAUCCGCCAAGAAUACACUCUUGACGUGGAAAGGAAAAACAACCUCAAACGAGGAGAAAGAGGAAAUCCUAAAAGCUCUGGUCAUGCUUUACUACACUCUGGGGGUGGCCUGGCUCCUACAGAAUCAUGGCAGAGAGGCCUUUUUAAGCCUGCAGAAGGCAGACAGAAACAUGAAGGAGCUGAAAGAAUUGACUAAGGGAGAUGUUUGUGGAUUACAGAUUUCAGAGGAAGACCUAACAAUUGCACUGGGAAGAGCCUCCUUGGGUAUCCACAGGUUGAACCUAGCUCUGGCAUAUUUUGAAAAGGCAAUUGGCAAUGUUAUUGCCGCCAAGGGUGAUGGCACAUCAGAACUGAUCAGACUGUAUAAGGAGAUUGCUCAGAUAGAGCAGCUGAGGAAGAAUCACAAGCAGGCCAUCCAGUACUUGAAGCAGGCCUAUUCUAUCUGUGUUUCUUCGUUCACUGAAAUCAGCCCCCAAACUGCAGAGGUGGGUGCGUUAUUAGCCAAAGCUUAUGCCAUGUCUGGAGACCCCCAGCACAGGGAUGCUGUGGAGGUAUAUUUUAUAAAAAGUAUCAAUGCAUAUCAAGCAACACUGGGCACAAAGAAUCGUGAAACAUUAGCCAUCAUUGAGGAAUUUUGCAAUUGGCUUGCCCAAAUUGGGAAAAAACAGGAAGCUUACAGACUGCUAAAGGCUUCAUUGAAGUCUCAGGUCAUCAGCUAUGGUGAUUGUAGUGAAAAAGUGGCUGAAACACUGUAUAACAUGGGCACAAUCUGCUUUGCCAAAGGAGAGGUCAGAAAGGCAAAUCACUUGCUCAGGAAGUGUCUGAUGAUUCAAAUACUUAUAUAUGGAAAUGAUCAUAGUAAAAGCAGAGAGACAAAAAACCUUCUUACUCUAAUACAGAGGUGA